GCUUGCGGAAAAUUAUUGCGCGUGCGUAGGAGGUGGGGGCGCGCCGAUGGGAAGCCCACUGCGCAUGUGUGCGGAGAUGCCGGCUAGGAAACCUGGUCUCCCCGGGAAGGGGCGUUGUCUCUUUGGUGUACCGCGCAGCGCUCAGUUUAAUUGUGAAUUUGGCAACGGUUUGCUGUCCAUAUGGACUUUGGGUCGUUCAUGCGGGUACACGGAGAGGUUUGGAGCAGGGCAAUUAAAUAACAGGGAAAUGGAAAGAAAAUGCUGUAGGCGUCCUGGUCUGUGGUUCACAACCAUGUAUACAUUCCUGCUUGGUGCUGUCUUCGUUGGUUUAAGCUCAAGUCGCAUCUUACUAGUAAAAUAUUCUGCCAAUGAAGAGAACAAGUAUGAUUACCUUCCAACUACUGUGAAUAUAUGCUCAGAACUGGUGAAGUUCAUUUUCUGUGUGCUUGUAUCAUUCUAUGUUAUAAAGAAAGAAGAUCAUCAAAGUAGAAAUUUGAGAUGUGCUUCUUGGAAGGAAUUCUCUAAUUUCAUGAAGUGGUCCAUUCCUGCUUUUCUUUAUUUCCUGGAUAACUUGAUUGUCUUCUAUGUCCUAUCCUACCUUCAGCCUGCCAUGGCUGUUAUCUUCUCAAAUUUUAGCAUUAUAACAACAGCUCUUCUAUUCAGAAUAGUGCUGAAGCGGCAUUUAAACUGGAUACAGUGGGCUUCCCUCCUGAUUCUUUUUUUCUCUAUUGUGGCCUUAACUACUGGAACUAAAACCUCUCAGCAUAAUCUGGCAGGACAUGGAUUUCAUCACGAUGCCUUCUUCAGCCCAUCCAAUUCCUGCCUUCAGUUCAGGGGUAAAUGUCCUGGAAAAAAUUGCACGGUGAAGGAGUGGACUUUUCCCGGAGCUAAAUGGAAUAAUACCACAGCCAGAGUUUUCAGUCACAUCCGUCUUGGCUUGGGCCAUAUACUGAUUAUAGUACAAUGUUUUAUUUCUUCAAUGGCCAAUAUCUAUAAUGAAAAGAUACUGAAGGAAGGAAACCAUCCACCCGAAAGUAUCUUCAUACAGAACAGCAAACUCUAUUUCUUUGGCAUUCUUUUUAAUGGGCUGACACUGGGCCUUCAGAAAAGUAACCGUGAUCAGAUUAAGAACUGUGGAUUUUUUUAUGGUCACAAUGCAUUUUCAGUAUCCCUUAUUUUUGUAACUGCUUUUCAGGGCCUUUCAGUGGCUUUCAUUCUGAAGUUCCUGGAUAACAUGUUCCAUGUCUUAAUGGCCCAGAUUACCACUGUCAUUAUCACCACAGUGUCUGUCUUGAUCUUUGACUUCAGGCCCUCCUUGGAGUUUUUUAUAGAAGCCCCUUCUGUCCUUCUUGCCAUAUUUAUUUAUAAUGCCAGCAAAACUCAGAGUCUGGAAUGUGCACCUAGACAAGAACGGAUCAGAGAUCUAAGUGGGAGUCUUUGGGAGCGUUCUAGUGGGGAUGGAGAAGAACUGGAAAGACUUACCAAACCCAAGAGUGAUGAGUCAGAUGAAGACACUUUCUAAAUUGAUACCAAAAGAGUUAGCAGCUCUCACAAACCAGUAUUUGUAAUAUUUAUCUUUUCACUUUGAUAAACUAAGGGUAUUCUAAAGAAUAAUACUCUCACAAUCAACUUUUGUAAUAGUUAUCUUUUUACUUUGAUGAAUCCAGGCUUUUCUAUUGCAUAAUACUCUGCAUAUAGCGAACUGCUCCCUAAAUGGUUCCAUUCAAUCAAGGUUUAGAGUACACAAAGGGUGAUGAAUUUCUAAGGAAUCGACAGAGAGAUAAUAACAUAGAGACCAUAUUAAAGCCCAGUUCUUGAAAAGUCAGCGAGAUAACUUACAGAUUAUUUUCCUUGUCCUCAUUGGUUCCAAAAAACUUAGAGUAAUCAUGUUAGGCCCUAUAAUUAUACAAGUAGAGAUUAGUUUGCAGGAUAUUCAUAAUUAUGUGGUUCUAGCCUACAUGCCAGUCUUCCCUUUUUAUCAUUAUAAACUUCAUCUUGGUUGUCUGAAAUGCUAAGGCCCCACAGAUAGUCAUUUCACAAUUACAGGACAAUAAAACUACCUAAAAAUUUUGGUGAAGGACCAAAACGUCUGGCCAUAUCAUAGAUUUAGGGCAACAUAGUCUAAGCUAAAUGUUUUGUUGAAGAAACAGUUUUUCAGAACCAAAUUUUUAGAAUUUUAACAUUUAAGAAUUCAUGGGAAGUUUUAUGUUUAGUAAUUAUCUUUUGAUGUUGUAUAUAUGUACAGGCUUUAUGUAGAUGAAAGUGAUCACAGUUACCACUUGUAUUGUAAACAACUUUAGCCAUUGUCAGUUUUUUGCCCCUUUGGUUUGUAUAUAUCAAAAUAUUGGGAUCGUUACUUUUUGAGUAUUGUGUUUUGGAAAAAUAAUAAGGCAUUUUAUUUUAUUAUUAGUUAAACCUGGUGACUGUUACAUAUCUUUAUUAUAUACUGUUCCCAAAGUCAGAACACUGAUUUCAUAUUCAUGAAAGAUUGUUAGUAAGAGUAAUGCCUAUGAGUUACUUUUAAAAGGAUCCUUUUGCAAAUAAAUACUGACUUUUAUAUGAGUAGUAUUACUCAUAACAGUAGGAAGGCCAGCAAUCAAUAAGUCACUUUAUAGUAAUAGUUGACACUUAUAGUACUAGGAGUACAUAGUGUUUUAGGUACUUUUGCAUGCAGCUAAUGACUGUUGGGUAGCUCAGUCAAGGGACAGAUCAUUCAAAAAUGAGAAAAUAAUGAUUUGUCCAAGGUCAGGCAGCUGGAUAGCAGUAGAAGAGCAGGCUUUAAUUGGCAAGCCUAUACGUUUACAAAGUCUUAUGCUGUGAGAGUUACAAGGUUUCAUACAGCCUACGUAUAUUUUUUUCCUCUAAUUCUCAUACAGAAGUAUAUAUGGUGGUAAUGUAAUAUAAUCCAGCUGUGAUAUGUAGAGUACUCAAGAACUGGUAGAAAUUUAUAACUAAAAUAAUUAUUAAACCUAUAUGUGUUAUGUGAGGUGAGAUAUGGAGUGCUUUUAAUUUCAAAAAAUGGAGUGAGAGAGGCAAAAGCUCAAACAACUUUUAAAAUUUUAAGACAAACUUAAAUUUUAAGUUUUAAAUUUUAACAAUUUUAAAGUCUAUUUGUGUACUUAUUUUUGAUAGUGGAGAUUGAGCCCUCAUCUUCAGCCUUUGUUUGUUUGUUUGGUUUUUUUUGCUAAAUUUCCCCAGGCUUGGCUCAAAUUUGUGACCAUCUCCCUGACUGCUGCUAUUAUCAGCGUGCACCAAGACACCUAGCAAGUCAGUCUUAACAUCUAAGAACAGCAAACCGUUUGCCUUAUUGUAGGUAUUUUUACCAUUUAUAUGAAACAGUAAGAUUAUGUCUAAUAUAGCAAUUCAUUUUAAAGGUCAGGAAGAUAAUACAUAGCAAGACCUCACUUUUAGGAAAAAUAGCAUACAAAACAUUUUAUCAUACAGAACCAGUAAAGUUACAAAAGUAUUCCUACAGAAGUAUUACCCAGAGCGUGCAUUAAAUUACAGAUUUCAGUAGUGUGUAGAGGUUAAUUUUUUUAUGAUUAGUUUUUUCCCCACCUUCCUCUUUGGAAAGCAUUUGUUGCCCAAAGUAAGUUCUACUUGCAUUAAGUCACCAUCUAAUGAGAGAAAGAGAGAGCUGGAACUCAAAUGUGAGGUUCUGAGAAGGAGUACUUCAUGGCAUCUUUGUUUUAAGAAGAAGGGUAAUUUCAAAGUGCAAGACCCAUAAACCAUAUCCUAAGUGCUCUUGGAAUCAAGAGAUAGUAUAACUUGGAGAGAAGAACAGUUGUCACUUACGAAGGAGGCUAAACCUCAUUGUUUAUAAAUGCCCACACCGUAGGAACUCUGUUCACUCUUUACAGGCUAACAGGUGGAGUGAAGCCAUUGUCUUUCACUUCUUCCCCCUUUAUCUGUGUCUUGAUUUUAUUCACUGACUGUGAUAUUCUGAUGGGCAGAAGAAGCAGAGAACAUUAAACUCAAAGGACAAAGAGUGAUUUCCCAUUCUAAAACGUAAACAGAGUUUCUAAAAUUGAAUAAUACAUAUUUUCUCUUCAAAGGAAAAGUUCUCACAAAUCUCAACAUGGGCCUUUAUCUUACUUGACUUGUUUUUCAGGGGCACAGGGGAGGUUCUUUGUUUGUUUGCUUGCUUGUUAUGACAGCAUUUUGUUCUCUAACCUAGACUAGCCUUGAACAUGCAGUUCUCCUCCGUUGGCCUCUCAAAUGCUGUAAUUACAGGCAUGCAGCAGCAUGCCUGUUUUACUGCUGUACUAUAAGUUAAAAUAUGAAAUUUGAACUUCUUUGCUUAUAUUUUUUAUAAGAAAAACUAAGACACAUUUAUGAAAUAAAGUAUACAGCUAUAGAAGGAGUAAUUUUUAAAUUCAAAUAUGAGUUUAAUGAACAAGUAGCAUUUCGGUCAGAUCAAUUUGCGGGAGGCCCCUUAGUUUCCCUGCAGAGUAUCUGACCUUACUUGCUGUUUUAGUGGCUACAGGCACCAUCGUGUGUCUGCCAAGAUAAGUGAAACCUGCUGAUAUUGCUAGUAGUGAAUUUUUGCCUGCAGCGAUUUAUCAAGGCCUGUUUGUUAACAGCCCCACAUGGAUUUGGCAUGCGUCAGUCUGCCGACUCCCACUGGUCUUGGUGCUCCGGAAAAAAGUUUCACAUGUUCCCUCAAAGUCUCAAAGAGCUCCCUAGUAAAAUGGCUUAAAUUUGUUUUGUUUUUGUUUUCUUUCUUUAUUUAAGUACUUUUUCCCCACAUCCUUCUCUUCUUGGGUUGGUGUGUAUGUUUGUGUUGUACUGGAUCGAACUCACAACCUUGCAGUCUCGCACUUGUUGGGCAGGUGCUUAUGCCACCGAGCUAAAUCCCCAGCCCCCUCCUUUAUGUAUCAGGAAUUGAACUGAGAACCCUGCACUUGCCAGGCAGGCACCUUUGCUGCUGAGCUAAAUCCUUGGCCCCAACUCGUUCUCUUCUUAGUUCACUCUUAAUCAUUCAUAUUUUAAAAUUAUUUCCGUAGGAAUUUUUGAGUCAUUUUCUCCUAAUUUCCUGUUAACUGAUACUGUUUUCUUCCUUAAUUUUGUAUGUGAAUGGUUUCAUUGGGUUUUUUUUUAAAAUAGGUUAGCUGCUUCUUUGUACAGAUUUUUGUUGUGACAAAAAACAAAAAUUUUACUGCCUUAACCAUUUUUAAAUGUAUGGUUCAGGAGAACUAAGUAUAUUAUUCAUAUUGUGUAGUCACCGUCCAUCUCUAGAAACUUCCUCUCACAAGAUUAAAACUUUGUAUCCGUUAAAUGAUAGCUUUUUAUUUCUUUCCCCCUCAGCUCUUGCAACCAUUAUACUAGUUUCUCUAAUAUUAAUUAUUCUUUAGUACCUCAUAUAAUCAUACUCAUACAGUAUUUGUUUUUUUAUAACUGGCUCAUUUCACUUAGUUUAAUAUCUUGAAGACUCAUCCAUGAGCAGAAUCAUGACAUAGCAGAAUUUUCUGAUUUCUUCAGGCUACAUAGUACUACAUUGUAUCUGUAUAUAACAUUUCUCACCUGAUUGUUCAUUGAUGGGACACUUGGAUUGCUUCUGUGAUUUAGCUGUUGUAAUGAAGCAUACCAGUGUCUCUUUAAAGCUUUGCUUUCAGUUGUUUUUAGUUUACACUUAGAAUUUCUUCAGCAGAUGAUAAUUCUAUUUUUGAUACUUUAAGAAUUUCCAUAUUAUUUUCCAUGUGGGCUAUGCCAUUUUCAUUCCCACACAGCAUACAAGGGGUCCAGUUUCUCUACAUCCUCACUUACACUCAAUUCUGUUUUGUUUUGCUCUGACAGUUGUCCUCCUUCUCCUGAGAUGAUAUUUCCUUGCAGUUUAAUCUCUUUCCACUUUUGAAUGAGAUUAUUUUGUAAUUGCCCUUGUUGGGAGUUCUCUGUACAUUCUGGAUAUUAAUCCCUUACCCAGUAUAUGACUUGAAAAUAUUUUCUUCUAUUCUGCGGAUUGGCUUUUUCUCUUUUGGCAGUAUCUUUAUACACAGUAGCUUUCGAUACACAAUGUUUAAAAAUAGGCCUUGUCUCUUUUUUCUUUAAUUGGCUCCACUUUUGAUAUCAAAUCUGAGAAAUCAUUAUCAAUCUAAUAAAGUAAAAUUUAACCCUGUGUUUCCUUCUAAGAUUUUGAUAGUUAAGUUACGAUUCCAUUCUGAGUUAUUUUUUGUAUAUAAUGUUAGUUAGGUAAAUGUUGACUCAUGCUUUUGCAUGUGAACAUCCAGUUUUCCCAGCGCCAUUUGUUGAAAAUACUGCUCUUCAACAAGUAGAAUGUAUAGUAUCUUUUCCAUGAAUGGGCUUGGCACUUGUUGAACAUCAUUUGACCAAAUACAUGAGAUUUUAAUUUUAAAUUUUUUGUUUUAUUCCAGUGGUCCAUAUGUCUACCUUUAGCCUAGGGUUGCACUGUUUUGAUUGCUGUAGUUUGGUAAUAAAUUUUGAAGUCUGAAAGUAUAAAUCUUUCAGCUUGUUCUUUUUUUCAGGACUGCUUUCACUAUUAAGGGUCCCUUGAGUGUCUAUGUGAAUUUUAUUGUGAGCUUUUUAAUGUUUACAGAAAAGUCAGUGGAAUUUUUUUUGUAAGAAUGGCAUUAAAUUUGUAGACCAUGUUGGGUAGAAUUGACAUCAAGUUCAAUUCAUGAGCAUGUGAUAUCUUUCAAUUUAUUUACAUCUUUAGUUUCUUUCAGAUAUACAUUGUAGUUAUAAUUCCUUUACACUAUAGGUUACCAAAAUUCUUAGAACUUUUAUUUUUGGUAUUAUAAUUUCCUCUUUAGAUUUGUGAUUCUUAGUAUAGAAAUGCAGCUAAUUUUUAUGUGAUGACUUUGUAUCUUAUUACUUGAUUGAAGUUGUUUAUUAUCCCUAACGUUUUCUGGGGAUGUUGGGUUUUCUGUAUAAAAUCCUAUUAUUUAUAAACAGUGGUAAUUUUAACUUUCAUUACUUGAAUGCCUUUCAUUUCUUUUUCUAAAACGUAAUUUGGGCUACAACUUUCAGAAUUAUAUUGAAUAGAAGUAGACAUCCUUGCUUUAUUUCUGAUCUUAAGAAAAGCUUUUGGUGUUUACUAUUGGAUGUGAUGUUUUCUGUUUUGCCUAAGGUAUCCUUUUUCGUCUUUUUGUUUUUAAUUUAUCUAUAUACUUAUAUCUAACAUGAGUCUCUUGAAGGUACCAUACACAGAAUUUGGAUUCUGCCUUUUUAAAAUUCAUUCCACUAGCCAUUGUCUUUUGAUUGACUGUUACAAUUUAGAUCUAAAAUAUCCCACAAAGGCCUGGUUUUCAGAGGUGGGGGUUUUGGAAGGUGAUUUGAUCGUGAGGGUUGUAGCUUUAUCAAUGAAAUAAGCUAUGAAGAACUCAUAACUUGAUGACAUUACGGGGAGGAAAGAGUUAGUGCCUACUUGAAGUGAAUCAUGGGCCAUGAAUUUGAUGCCUAGAUUUAUUUCCUAACCCCUUCCUCUCUGGCUCUUCUCGUUCUGAUUGCUGGCUGCCAUGACAUGAGCAGCUUUCUUCUGCCAUAAGCUUCGGCUGUGAUGUUUGGCCUUGCCACUGAAAUAAAACCAUUGUGCUAGCUGACCAUGGAUUCUGAAAGUAUGAACUGAAACAGAUUUUUCUUCCUCUUAAGUUGUUUUUCUCAGGUAAUUAAUUGGACACUGUGAAAAGCUGGCUAACCCAGAGAGUUUAAUCCAUUUAUAUUUAAAUUAAUUUCUGAGGGGAGGGACUUCCUUUUGUCCAUUUUGCUGUUUUUUAUUUAUCUUAGUUUUAUAAUCCUGUUUCUUACAUUGCUGUCACCUUGAUUUUUAUAAUGAAAUAUUUAAUUUUCCUUUUUAUUUCCUUUUGUGAAUAUUCACUUAUUUUCUUUGUAAUUACUAUAAAGAUUUUAUAUAUUUUGUUUUGUUUUUUUGUACUGGGGGUUAAACUCAGGACCUCAUACUUGCCAGGCAGGCGCUUAUGCCGCUGAGCCAAAUCCCCAGGCCUGACAUAUUUAAUACACUGGAGUUAUCACACUCUUCUUGGGUUAACAAUCUGUGGGAUGCUUGUAGUAUUGCUUGAUACAAGUCCAGGCUUCAGAACCAUGGAAGCCAAGAGUAUACCCUGGGGCUGAACCCAAAAGCCUAAGAAGCUAAGAUGGUAUUGGUAUGAGUUCUGGAGUACAAAGGCCAAGCAAAAGGAGGUUGUCCCAGCCUCAGAACAGAGAAAGGAAAUCACUUUUCUUUUGCCUGCUGUAAUCUGUGUAGUCCCUGCAGCUAAUUGGAUAGCACCUCUUGCACAUACCUAGAGUGAAUCCUCACUCAGUUCACCACUUACAUGAGUCUCCUUUGAAAAACCUUCACAGACACACCCAGAAACACUGCUUUACCACUUCUCUGGGUAUUCUUUAGUUGACACCUAAAGUUAGCCCCGACACAGGGAGGAUUCUGCAACAAUAGAGCAAAAUACAACAACACUGGCUGCACCUGUUUGUCUAUUCCUCUGUGACCAGAAGCCACCAUUAGUGCUCAGAGCACAGCUCCUCAGUAGUUAAAACAGGGCCCUUUGGCGCCCCCUGGGUCCAGCUCUCUGCGGUCUGCCCCAAGAAUAUGAGCACAGCUGCGUGCCACAGGGCUAAGAGGUCUGGGGUAGGUAUUUGCUAUUGUGCUAAGAGCAAAAGUUGACCAAAUAGACUUCAGCUUACAGUUAAGGCCCUCCCCUGAAACAUUUAAGCUUUCACUGGACUCGAGAGUUCCAAAAUAGUUACAUGAGAUAGAUUCUGCAGUUGUCCAAGUGGAAAGGCUGACUCUUGGUGCUUCCUGUCCCACCAUUUCACCAAAAUCCUCUCUUCUAGUUAAAUUUUACUUUAUUAGUGAUUGUCUUAAUAGCUGUGUGAACACUCAUGGAGUACAUAUACCUUUAAUCAGUUCACAAAGACUGAGUCAAGGGUAGUGUGAUUGAGGCUUUUAUUCAUAUUUUGUUAAUUUAUGGUUUUCACAUACUUGGUUAGAAAGUGAGAUCUAUAUUUUUUCUAGUAAAACGAAUAUUUCCUUUAUUCAUGCAUUUUCAUGCAUAUUUCAUGGGCAUUUAAACAAACGUACACUUUGUAUUGCUGACAUUCAUUUGUUUGUGUGUUUAUUAUAGUUAGGAAUCAAACCCAGAGAUGCUGUCACUGAACGACAUCCAUAGCCAUUUCUGCUUUGAGAUGGGCUUACUGAAUUGCCCAAGGUGGCCUGCAAUUUGGCAGUCCUCCUGCCUCAGUCUCCCAAGUAGCUGAGAAUACAGGCAUCCACUACCAUACCUGGCAAUUUUGUAUUUUAUAUCACUCAUGUUUGCAUUUUUAGUACAGAAAGGUACCAGUUACAGUAUAACUGGUUUACAUAUGCCCUUAAUUGAAAAGUCACCAUUUUUGUUCUUUAAUGAUUUUAAAUCUAUUCAUACCUAUUAUUACUAAUACUGUUUUGUAAUAUAAAUGUGAAAUAUAUUAAUGAUGUUGCUAUUAUAAUGUAAUAUUAACAUUGAUAAUUUUAUAUGCAUAUUAAUAUAUAUUAUUUGCAUGCUUUGAGUUGUUGUCAUUUGUCUUGUUCAUUAGCAUACAAUAAACUUCUUUUGAGAAAA